GCAUUCCUUCAACUGACACAUUUCUGCAGCAGACGAGUAUGCGUUCACGCUGGAGUUACAUUCACGUCUGGGUUUACCUCUUUGGUCUCGGCGCAUUCAGGACUUUCUGCAUUCCCAGUAAUGAAGUGAACUUGCUGGACUCUCGCUCCGUAAUUGGUGACCUCGGGUGGGUCGCCUACCCAAAGAAUGGGUGGGAAGAAAUUGGAGAGGUAGAUGAGAACUAUGCACCGAUCCACACGUACCAGGUGUGUAAAGUGAUGGAACACAACCAAAACAACUGGUUACAAACAAACUGGAUACUAAACCAAGGUGCCCAGCGAGUGUUUGUAGAGCUCAAGUUCACUCUUCGGGACUGUAAUAGUCUCCCUGGAGGUCUGGGCACCUGCAAGGAGACUUUCAAUGUCUACUACUACGAAUCCAGUGACGAAGAGAGAAGGAAUAUUCGGGAAAGCCAAUUAACAAAAAUUGACACCAUUGCAGCUGAUGAAAGCUUUACAGAGCUUGAUCUUGGAGACAGAGUUAUGAAGCUUAACACGGAAGUUAGGGAUGUGGGUCCAUUGACCAAGAAAGGCUUCUACCUGGCUUUCCAAGACCUGGGUGCAUGUAUCGCGCUGGUGUCCGUCCGUGUCUUCUACAAAAAGUGUCCUUUAUUAGUCAGGAAUUUGGCCCUCUUCCCAGAUACUAUAACUGGGGCAGAUUCUUCCCAGCUUCUGGAGGUAUCAGGGACCUGCGUCAACAACUCAUUGGCUGAUGAACUUCCGAGAAUGCAUUGCAGUGCAGAAGGGGAGUGGCUGGUGCCCAUCGGGAGGUGCAUGUGCCAGGCAGGCCACGAGGAAGUUAAUGGCUCCUGUCAAGUGUGUAAGCCAGGAUUUUACCGAUCAGCUCUACAGACCAAAAGCUGCAGUAAAUGUCCUCCUAGAAGUUUCACCACGGUAGAGGCGUCUACUUCCUGUCAGUGUGAGCAGGGAUACUUCAGGACCGAAUUGGAUCCCACCAACAUGGCCUGCACAAAGCCCCCUUCCGCCCCACGUAAUGCCAUUUCCAACGUAAACGAGACAAGCGUCUUCCUGGAAUGGAUUGCUCCGGAGGAGACAGGCGGCAGGAAGGACAUCAACUACAACAUUCUGUGCAGGAAGAUCAGUGCAGAUCUGGGCCAAUAUGAGCCGUGUGGUAGCCAUGUGCGAUACCUCCCCCAGCGGACAGGCCUGAGAAACACCUCUGUCAUGGUGGUGGACCUCCUUGCUCACACUAACUACACCUUUGAGGUGGAGGCUGUGAACGGGGUGUCAGAACUAACUGCCCCUUUGCGCCAGUACGUCUCGCUCAAUGUCACCACCAACCAGGCAGCCCCAUCUCCUAUAACCAUAGUGAAGAAAGGCAAGACAGCGAAGAACAGCAUUGCUGUGUCCUGGCAGGAGCCCGACCGACCCAACGGCAUCAUUCUGGAAUAUGAGAUCAAAUAUUUUGAGAAGGAUCAGGAGACCAGCUACACCAUCAUAAAGUCAAAGGAGAUGGAGAUUCUGGUGGAUGGUCUCAAGCCAUCUUCAGCAUAUAUCUUUCAAAUCAGAGCACGAACCUCCGCUGGUUAUGGAGGAUUUAGUCGCCGCUUUGAGUUUGAAACCAGCCCUUACUCAGUAGCAGCGUCCAGAGAGCAGGGUCAGGUGCCCAUCAUUGCUGUAGCUGUUACUGUGGGCAUCAUCCUGGUUGCUUUGGUAACAGGUUUCUUGAUGAGUGGCAGACGCUGUGGCUACAGCAAAGCCAAGCAGGAUUCAGAUGAGGAGAAGAUGCACUUCCACAAUGGUCACAUCAAAUUCCCAUCGGUCCGCACGUAUAUCGAUCCCCACACCUACGAAGAUCCCAACCAGGCUGUCCAUGAGUUCGCCAAAGAGAUUGAUGUUUGCGGUAUCACCAUUGAGAGGGUUAUUGGAGCAGGUGAGUUUGGUGAGGUAUGCAGCGGUCUGCUGCGACUGCCGGGGAAGAGAGAGAUCCCAGUGGCCAUUAAAACUCUGAAAGCCGGUUACACAGAGAAGCAGAGACGGGAUUUCCUAGGCGAGGCCAGCAUCAUGGGCCAGUUCGAUCACCCCAAUAUCAUCCACCUGAAAGGGGUUGUCACCAAGAGUAAACCAGUGAUGAUUAUAACAGAAUAUAUGGAGAAUGGAUCACUUGACACCUUUCUGAAGAAGAAUGACAGUCAGUUCACUGUCAUUCAGUUAGUUGGCAUGCUGCGCGGAAUUGCUUCUGGCAUGCGCUACCUCUCUGAGAUGGGCUACGUGCACCGUGACCUGGCCGCCCGCAACAUCCUGGUCAACAGCAACCUGGUGUGUAAGGUGUCCGACUUUGGCUUGUCCAGAGUGCUGGAGGAUGACCCAGAGGCGGCCUACACCACCCGUGGUGGGAAGAUUCCCAUCAGGUGGACAGCACCAGAAGCUAUAGCCUACAGGAAGUUCACCUCAGCCAGUGACGUGUGGAGCUAUGGGAUUGUGAUGUGGGAAGUGAUGUCGUAUGGCGAGAGACCAUACUGGGAGAUGAGCAAUCAAGAUGUGAUAAAGGCAGUGGAGGAGAACUACAGACUGCCUGGUCCCAUGGACUGCCCGACCGCGCUCUAUCACCUCAUGAUGGACUGCUGGCAGAAGGACAGGAACAGCCGACCAAAAUUUGAAGAGAUUGUCAGUUUACUGGAUAAACUCAUUCGCAAUCCCAGCAGCUUGAAGAGUCUUGUCAACCCAUCUAACAGGGUGUCCAAUUUAUUAGUGGAGCACGGAAGUCCUGAGGGCUGUGUAUUCAGAUCGGUGGAGGAGUGGUUAGAGGCCAUAAAAAUGGGUCGAUACACUGAGUUUUUCAUGGAAAGUGGAUACACUUCUCUGGAAGUAGUCACUCAGAUGACCUUGGAAGAUGUUAGGAGAGUUGGAGUCAGCCUGGCCGGCCAUCAGAAAAAGAUUCUCAACAGCAUUCAGGAGAUGCGCGUCCAAAUGAUGAACACCACACUACCCAUCUGAGACCUGAAGAACUUCCAAGAGUAGCCUAGCACUUUCUACCAUGGACAACUAUUUAUUCAACGAUACUAUUUAAUGAAGGAAUUUGACUUUAAAUCUAAUGAACAAAACCGUCAGAUUGAUGGACAAACGGUUUACUGUUUCGUUUGCGCAAAGCUUCCAGACUAAGAGUUUGACGGAGUUUUCAGGAGGAAUGACGUAGGGAAAAGUGUGGCACAUCUCCAGGUAGGAAUACUCCCUUGGAUCAGGUGUCUUUCUGGGCUGAAUGUAGAGCAUUUUUCCAUGACCUCAUUCAACAAUAUUAUUACCUCCGGAAUUCCAUAAGAGACUGCGAUCAGUUACACGGAUGGUUUCCUUACACCAAGUUAACCUGGGGCGAAGUUCAUGCAGUACGACUGAAUCCAUAUCAUGGACUAAGGAAAAAUAUGGCAGUGUUUAACAAAGCAAUAGUAGAUUUUAAGCUUGAUGUUAAAGCAUCAGUUCAUCCAAAAAUGAACUUGUUGUUGAAUCAUGUUGUUCCAAACCCAUAUUACUUGCUUUCUUCUGUGGAACACAAUAGAAGAAAUUUUGCAUAAUGUACUGGUCGCUCUUUUACAUGUAAUCACAAUGAAUAGGGACUGCUUCAAAAAAGGUGCAUAGUAGUCCAUUUGACUCUUUCAUUAAUGAAUAUGGACAUUUCUCACAUAGCUAUUGUAUGGCUUCAGAAGAGUCAUAUAGAUUACUUACUGUUCAUUGUAAUUGCAUGGAAAAAAGUGACCAGUACAUAAUUCCAAAUUCCUCCUUUUGUGUUCCACUGAAGUCUUUUGGGUUUGGAACUUUGUGAGGGUGUGUACAUAAUGACAAUUUUCUUUUUUGGGGGUGAACCACACAAUUAAUUCUAUUUCGUUCUAAUUUGUUGCUUCCAUAUUUCAAUAAAAGUACAAAGCAAUGGGCCAGAUACUUUCUCCUUUAGCACAAUAUUCAGUAUGUGUCAUGAACAGCUAAGGAAAGUUUUGUAAUUGAAAAUGCGACAUGCUUCAAAAAUGUAUUUCAAAUUCACUGACGUUUUUAUGUUUUACCUGUAAAUAGUGUACAGUUGCGUAGAUUAAAUGGAGCUUAAAUGCAUCCAUCCAUCUUCAUGUGGGGUUGAUCAUUUAGUGCGUGGGUGGGCUAACAUACUAUGUAUUUUCAGUCCAGUCAAUAAAUGUUUAUAUUGCCUCUUAGUGCUUCAUUAGAUAGAAAAAUUGUUUUACCAUUGAUGUGUGAACUCUCAUAUUUCUGAUACAUAUUCAUACCCAUAAUUUUGCCUUGCUCAGUUAUUUACCA